AUGGUGCAGAAGUACCAGUCACCCGUGAGGGUAUACAAGUACCCGUUUGAGCUGGUGAUGGCUGCCUAUGAGCGCCGAUUUCCUACAUGUCACCUUAUUCCCAUGUUUGUGGCUAGUGAUGUGGUCGAUGAAGAGACAAGUGAGGACAGAUCCACUCAUAGGAUUGAGCGGCGCUGUGCCCUAGAUGUGGACGCUCCACGUCUUCUCAAAAGGUUUGCUGGUGUGGACUAUGUGUACUUCAUUCAGAAAAACACGCUUAACCGAAAGGAGCGAACCCUCCACAUAGAAUCACAUAAUGAGACCUUCUCCAACAGGGUCAUCAUCCAUGAGACUUGCUGCUAUUCGGUCCACCCUGAGAAUGAAGACUGGACGUGUUUUGAACAGUCAGCAAGUCUGGACAUAAAAUCGUUCUUUGGCUUUGAGAGCACAGUGGAAAAGAUUGCAAUGAAGCAAUAUGCCAGCAGCAUCAAAAAGGGAAAAGAAAUCAUAGAGUAUUACCUGAAGGAGCUAGAAGAUGAGGGAAUCACCCAUGUUCCACGAUGGAAUCAAACCUCUCUUCCCCCACCUCCCUCCCGACCAACCAGUCUCUUGACCAGCCCUCCCGCUGACCUCAAAGUCCCUGUUACAGCUGCUGUACCCAUUCCAAUCACUGUUAAUGCCCCGGACAGCGAUUCUCUGGAAGCUAAGCAAGACAGCACUCCCCUUCCUGCAGAUAGUUUAACUGAGAUUCUAGCUGGCACACCUGAAGAUAAAUUAGAUGCUGACUAUAUUAAGCGCUACCUUGGGGAUCUUACCCCCUUGCAGGAGAGCUGUCUUAUCAGGCUUCGUAAAUGGCUACAGGAGACGCACAAGGGAAAGAUUCCUAAGGAUGAACACAUCCUGAGAUUCUUGCGGGCCAGGGAUUUUAACAUGGACAAGGCUCGUGAAAUUCUAUGCCAGUCUCUGACCUGGAGGAAGCAGCACCAAGUAGACUAUCUUCUAGAGACUUGGAGUUCACCACAAGUCCUCCAGGACUACUACACAGGGGGCUGGCACCACCAUGAUCGAGAUGGUCGGCCUUUGUACGUCCUUAGACUUGGUCAGAUGGACACCAAAGGACUGGUCCGAGCUCUUGGAGAAGAAUCACUUCUUAGACAUGUGCUGUCAAUCAACGAAGAGGGUUUGAGACGCUGUGAAGAGAACACCAAGGUGUUUGGUCGUCCCAUCAGUUGCUGGACAUGCCUUGUAGAUCUGGAGGGUCUAAACAUGCGUCACCUGUGGCGACCAGGAGUUAAAGCGCUGCUGAGGAUUAUUGAGGUUGUAGAGGCCAACUAUCCAGAGACGCUGGGACGAUUGCUUAUCUUGAGAGCUCCCAGAGUUUUCCCAGUCCUUUGGACACUGGUCAGUCCAUUUAUUGAUGAAAACACCCGCAAGAAGUUCCUAAUCUAUGCAGGAAAUGACUACCAGGGCCCCGGUGGACUGGUGGACUACAUAGACAAGGAGAUUAUCCCUGACUUCCUGGGCGGUGAAUGUAUGUGUGAGGUACCCGAGGGAGGCUUGGUCCCAAAGUCAAUGUACCGCACUGCAGAGGAGCUUGAGAAUGAAGAUGUUCGUCUCUGGACUGAAACAAUCUACCAAAGCGCCAGCAUCUUCAAAGGGGCUCCACAUGAGCUUCUGAUUGAGAUUAUUGACGCCUCCUCAGUCAUCACCUGGGACUUUGAUGUGUGUAAAGGUGAUGUUGUUUUCAACAUCUACCACUCCAAGCGUGCCCCGCAGCCGCCGCGUAAAGACCCACUCGGAGCGCAUGGUAUCACAUCGCCAGGGGGAAACAAUGUGCAGCUUAUUGAUAAAUCAUGGACACUUGGUCAGGAUUACAGCAUGGUAGAGUCCCCUCUAACCUGCAAGGAGGGAGAAAGUGUACAGGGGUCCCAUAUUACACGUUGGCCAGGUUUCUACAUCCUCCAAUGGAAGUUCCACAACAUGCCAUCCUGCUCGACCACUAAUCUACCUCGAGUAGAUGACGUGCUGGCAACCCUGCAGGUCUCCUCGCACAAGUGUAAAGUCAUGUACUACACCGAGGUGUUGGGCUCCGAGGACUUCAGGGGUUCGAUGACCAGCCUGGAAUCGAGUCACAGCGGUUUCUCUCAGCUCAGCGCUGCCACCACUUCAUCUAACCAAUCCCAGUCCAGCUCAAUGAUCUCCAGGUAG